AUGGCGCAGGCGAACGAAACCGUGAUUAACACACCUGUUGAUGAGGCGAGGAUUGUGCCUCAGAGCUUGAAAGAGCACGAGAAGGUCUCAGACCCAGCCAUAGACGCCAGUAAGAGUCCUGAGACUGAGUCCUUUGUGGUGAACUUCGAUGACGAUGAGCUCCUUGAAAUCGAUGAAGAAGAAGAAGGAGGCGAAGGAGAACAAGAUGAGCCUGUAAGAGAUUUACACACUGAAGAAGAGAUAGAGAGCAACGAGCCAGAGCUGGAAGCUCUGGGCAUGAAUGUUUUCACUCCGACUCCAAUCAUUAUCCAAACCAACAACUUUCCCUAUCUUCUGGCACCAAUACCUCACGAGCUUUUGUCCUCUUUGCCUUCAGAGUAUGAGGGUCUGGUGACAUUGCUUGAUGAAGCACCCAUGCCAGGAUCGACCCUUUAUGAAGUGAUUGACAGUAUCAAGCAGAAGUUCAAAGAACUAGAGAACCCGUUUGAUGAGAAGGAUGAGCUGUUGGUUUACUUCAAGGAGUUUGACAUAACCCUUGUUGAUACAUGCGUUCAUGCCCACGAGGUUCUUCUCAGUGAAGUAUACGAGGCGUUUGAAGCGUUGAAGAGGUUUAAGGGAUCGGACGCUCCUCAUUGUCUUACACUGCUACUGAAACCUCAAAGGGCAUUUGUUACUUUGUUGGACGAGCUGAGAACUGUUAAUGGUGAUCACGUGGAUCCUGGAGACGAUACGCUUGUACGCCAAUUGGAUGAGGAGGCAAAACGUGACUCUGUGAUGUUGACUGCCGAGGACUUGAAAGAUUUGGACGAAUCUCUUGAGUCUGAUAAUGGCAACUCAGAGGAGAAAACCACGGAGGAGGUACCAUCGGCGCAUGAAGUGCUUGAAACCAUUGAAAUAGAUCCAGAACCCAUCAUCAUCACAGAGGAGCCUCAUCUCUCCAUAGAGAACGAUACAGAGCAAAAGACCAGCAUUGACGAAUCAACUUUACAACAAGACACUACUGAUACCGGCGAUGCUUUGGAAAUCGAUCAGACCGAAACUUAUACCGAGACUCAACCUUCGGCUCCCGUGAUAGGAAGCAAUAAUAGUGACAAUUCUUUGAUUGGUGAAGCUGAAAAGGGAGGACAGGAAGAUGAAGACCAUGAUAGCAAGAGAAGUGACCACCUUACACCCACAGAGAAUGACGAAGGGGAGAAAAGCGCAUCUGCUGAAGCGGAGAAUCUGCAAUCUGAUAUGGCGAAGGUAGCGGACGAGCAGUUGAAAGAUUCACUUAUUAACGAGGAGCAUACCAAUAUCCCAGGAAAACACCCAUACGAUGAAGAUGAAGAAGACACGAUGGAAGAACCCGUGACGAAGAAGCAAAAAGAGCAAUCAAUUCUAUCAAAUGUGUGA